AUGAGUGACAUGACCAGCACAGGCCGUCUAUCAAAAGGAUCCGCUAGAACGUGCCAGAACUGCGCCCGGGCAAAGAUUCGAUGCAUACGCUCCGAUCCUGGGAGCAGCUGCGAUCGGUGCGAUCGCCUAGGAAAGUCAUGUCAUUUUCAGCAGGCCCGAAGAUCAAAUGGCCUGUCCGCAGCUAGUGACAGCAAAGAAGACAAGACCAAUGUGCUAGAAGCGAAGCUGGACCAACUUCUUGCCCAGUCAAGUAGUGCAGUGCCGUUGGGCGCUACUGUGCGCGAUAAAAGUCCCGCAAAAGUGUCAAUGCAAGUGGGCGAUGUCAUAGAUCAGGGCUACUUGACGAUUGAAGCGGCUGAUAGGCUGCUUCAUGAGUAUCGCACUACUAUGAUGCCGUAUUGCCCUUUUGUGCCCAUUCCAUCGCAUGCGACUGCGGCGUCUUUGCGCAAGGAGAAGCCGUUUCUGUUCCUUACAAUUCUGACGGCGGCAUUUUAUGAUAACAUGCCUAUUCAACGGGCACUGGAGCUUGAGGUCAAAAGGGAGAUCAGUCCUUCAAUGAUCUAUGAUGGGUCUGUGACCUUCGAGAUACUUCAAGGUCUAUUAGUCCAUUUAGCAUGGUGUCAGUAUCAUUCACGGCCGAGACGAGUUACACAGUACCUACAUCUUGGGAUCAGUAUCAUCACAGAUCUGCAACUUGAUCGCGAUCCAGAGGACCGAUUCUGGAAGCAGAGAGUUGAAUUUGACGGCGCAGCUGAUCGUAAAGCUGUUUCGUGUGAAAAGGAGGAGAGAAGAGCAGUGAUAGGAUCCUUUUGGUUCUCAUCCUGCGUCUCUCAGAUUCUGCAAAAGCGCUCGUCAUUUCCACACGUGCCGUAUCUUGAGCAAUCGUGUGGGUUACUGGCAUUGAAUCCGGAAUAUGAAUCGGAUUGGCUUUUCCUGCACAUUGUACAACUCCAGUGUUUGUAUGAGAAAAUUGUGUCAGUGUCUUCACCGCACAAGCCCGACACUCAUCACACAGAUGAGCUCAAAUUCAGUUAUCGUCAAAUCAGAUCGGAGCUGGAUUCAUACCGAAACCAACUAUCUUUUGGGUUGAGUGAUAAUGACAUCCUCUUCAUGCAGUUUCACGCAAUGGAACUCUUUGUCUGUCAAAUCUUUCUUUUCGAUGUCAAGCCCACUUCCCAGCAUCCUCGUCAUUACUCGCCAUUCCAAGUCGACAUUGUUCGGUUGGGUCUCACGGCGGCGCGGACAAUGCUGGAGUUCUACACGUCGUUGCCUCUGCGCCGUGAAGUUACCUUUAACAACGUAGCGUGGAUACAGCUUGGAUUUGCCGUUACACUGGCUUGUAACUUGGUGAUAGCCGCGUCGGAACCGUUCAUCCGACGAAUUACCGCCGAUUUGGUUGCGGCAUUGAAUCUGUCGAAUACAUUAAGUCGAUGCAUUCUGCGCGUUCAAGCACUGGUCACGUCCCAAAUAGAUGCCAAGGGUGACCGUGAUGUCUUCUAUCACUACGAAAAACGGUUCAAGCGGGCACAGUGGUGGUUUGAGAGCCGUGUCCUGUCACAACUACAACAAGAUGAGACUUCUACAAUCCCGAUGACCGAGCCAUCAAGAGUCGGGGCUUCUCGGGUGCCUUCACAAGAUGGGGUGCAGGGGUAUUAUCCUAGCUCCAACGACGACUUUGAUUUCCAAUGGCCGGGAGUGUCUCCGAGUCCCGUGUUUGAAGAUCUUUUUGGAGGUUGGACAGAACAGAAUUCGACAACGUACGGAGAGACAUCUCUUUGA